UCGUUCACAAUCAUAACAGACUUGUUAUAAAUCAGUAUUUCUGUGGACAGUGGUUGACGCGUUGACUUUCGUCCGUCCGUGGAAAGCUCUUUCGCACAAGUUGUAACUUCAACCUACGUACGUUUCACCGUAGGUUCAUUUUCCAAAAUAAAUAAAUAAAAUAGUGUGCGUACAUUUUAAUAUUUUUUUGGUUGUGAUAGUGUCACAAUAAAAAUUCAAACUGGGCCAAUGUAUGGACAAAACUGUUGUAGAAAAAAUUCAAAAAGCGAAAUUUUAUAGAUUUCAAAAACUUCAACUGCAGAGCUUCCAGAUUACAUUAAUUAAUUUAUAAAAUAAUUAACUAUUAAAAUCGGUUCACAAUGAGGGGCAUUGCAUGUAUAUUUGCCUUAUUACUUUCGAUAUAUAUUUCCGGCAACGCGGCAGCCCGUUCUAAAGGAAAGAUGCCGAACCAGCCGAUAAAGCUUUAUUACCUGCCCCCCUCCCCACCAUGUCGCUCCAUCAUCAUGGCUGCCAAGGUUAUGGGGAUCGAACUGGAACUGGUCCUGACGAAUAUCAUGGAAGGAGAGCAUAUGACGCCUGAUUUCCUAAAGAUGAAUCCACAGCAUACUAUACCGACUAUGGAUGAUAGCGGAUUCAUUUUAUGGGAAAGCCGUGCAAUCCUUGCUUACCUGGUGAAUGCUUACGGCCGUGACGAUUCCCUGUACCCGAAGAAUCCACGCCUACGAGCUAUUGUGGACCAGCGACUUAACUUUGAUCUUGGUACCCUCUAUACGAGAUACUAUGCUCUUUAUGUACCGAUUCUAUUCCGUGGUGAGGAAUAUGAUGAUGACAAGGCAGCUAAACUAGAUGAAGCAUUAGGCUGGCUGGACACCUUCCUAGACGGACGGGCCUUCGUUGCUGGAGAGAAUCUCACGAUCGCCGAUAUCUCUAUUAUUGUUACUAUCACUAAUCUUAACGCCUUCGGCUACGACUUCAGUGCCCAUGACAACGUAACAAAAUGGUUCGAAAGGACCAAGAAGGCUUUGGAGCCAUAUGGCUACAAGGAAGUCGAUGAAGCUGGAGCCGAUAUAUUGGCUAACUUCUUGAAGAAAGGUUAAUUACUAAAUUAAGUUUAAUUUCUUUAAUUAACUAAUAAAAUUUUCUUGCGGAAAAACAGGUUAAAAUAUUUUUUGUGAUUGUCUAAUUUUGUUUGUUUAUCAAUAAAGAUAUAUCUGCAUUCUUA